AAACUAGUGCGAUGAAAUGAUGGCUGAUGCUUUCACAGAUGAACAGAUCCAAGAGUUUUACGAAGCAUUCUGUCUCAUCGACAAAGAUUCCGAUGGGUUUAUCACGAAAGAGAAGCUAACGAAGGUGAUGAAGUCGAUGGGGAAGAAUCCGAAGGCGGAACAACUCCAACAGAUGAUGAGUGAUGUCGACAUCUUUGGCAACGGUGGCAUCACUUUUGAUGAUUUCUUGUAUAUUAUGGCUCAAAACACUUCUCAGGAAUCGGCAUCGGAUGAGUUAAUAGAGGUAUUCAGAGUGUUCGACAGAGACGGAGAUGGUCUCAUAUCUCCACUUGAGUUGGGAGAAGGAAUGAAGGACAUGGGGAUGAAGAUAACUGCCGAAGAAGCGGAGCAUAUGGUCCGAGAAGCCGACCUCGAUGGCGAUGGUCUUCUUUCAUUCCACGAAUUCUCUAAAAUGAUGAUCGCUGCCUCUUAUUAGCAUUGUGAAAUGCCAUGAUAUAAGAGUUUGUUUUUGCAGUUACAACUAUUUUUCCAUAUGUUAAAGAAAGAUCCUAUCCUAUG